GAAGGAUCCUAUAAUACCGAUAUACGCUAAAAACAUAACCAAACAUUAUUGAAUAGCACUUUAAAAGCAUAUUUGAAUAAUUAAAAAAGAAAUGUCUGAAACAGAGGUUGCUGUUGCGACUAGCUCAAAUGUUGAGAUCAAAAUAGAGCCGAAAGAUCCUGAAAGUGAUGAAGAAGUGGAGGAAAAACCGAUUCCUUCCAUUCUUGACAGCAUUUCUAAAGAACAAAUCGCCAACUUUCAGCCGUACUAUGAACGAUAUUUUGAAAAAAGGUACUGUACAAAAUUCUCGACAGAAAAUGUAAACUUGGAUACUUGCGUUCGAGUUCAUACCAACAAAAUUUGCGUUAUUUUUUUAUCAGAAAAGCAUUCAAUAUUAAAGAAGCAUCAAAGAAUAAAAAGUCUCAAUUUUCAAGUGAGCCCCAAAGUAAAUCGUUUGAAAAACAGUAUGUCAGGGAAGGGUAAAAGAGGGGCUCAACUUUUGCAACCUGAAUCUAUAUUAUGUUUCAUAGAGACUGAAGACGGUGAAAAAUAUCCUGUCCAUUCGGGCAUCUAUGGAAAAUUGCUAGAAAUAAAUGACAGGCUUUCUGAAAACCCUAACUUGCUUGUGGAUGAUUUAAACGAAGGGUUUCUCGCGGUAAUUUUACCCGACUUGCGUAGACAUGAGGAAAAUAUAAGGUCGCUACGAAUUAAACAUGAGUACUAUACCUAACAUUUAUUGAAUAAUGCGUUUUUAUAGCUUAUUUUUGAUUAUAAUAAAUAGUUAUUU